AAAAAAAAAACUCUUUUCUCCAACACCUUUUCCUGACCCAUUCUCUUUUCUCCUUCCUCAACUUAUACUUCUCUAUACCAAACUCAUUUGCUAAAAAUUUUCAAAAAUGCUUCCCCUUGAACACAUCUCCAUUGUGGCAAUUAGAGGCGUCAUCAAGCCGUGUGGAGUAAACUCGAAAAUCUGAUUUGGUAUGCGAAUGGACCAAGUGAACCCCUCAUUCUUCGAUAGUUAUUUGCAUCUGUAACUGCAUAGAUUCUGAUAGUCAACUGUUCUCAACAAUUAGAGGAUUUUUUUUUUCUUUGAUUCUCUCUCAAUUCAGUCGACCAUGGGCUGCUCGCGUGUGUGUCCAUUAUACUCUUGAAGACCUCAACCAGAGGUCUGUACCGUAAAUAAUUUUUUCUUUCUUUUAUAUUUCAAAAUUGUUAAGGAAAUUUUAAUUUUAUCAGACAUUGAUUGAUAUAUAUGUUUGUUGAUAAGAAAUUCACGGAAAAUGGGAACGCUUGUUGAAAUUUUGAAUUUCUAGUUUUUAUUUCAGUGGUACUUUGUUAAACAAUGCCUAAUUAUGACCAGUUGCAAAAUCUGAGAUCAUUUACAAUUCCCUUCUAGUUUUUGGUCUGGUUACAAAGUAUGCACAUUUAACUUGCUUGUUGAGUUUUUCCGUUGAACAAAGAAUUCGAUUAUGUUUUGUAUGGGCUAUAUUGUAAAUAAUAUAAUUUUUUUUAAGCAUUUAUGAAGGAUUAUUCAUUUUUUAUUGUCAGAACUCACCGUUUGUUUAAAGAAAGAUAUUUUCUUAAUUAAUGGGAAAACAAAGUUAUUUUUAAAGACUUUAUAGCCACCCCCACCCCUCUUCUCUUGUAUGCAUCUUAAGUUGGAGACAGAAAAUUACGUAGCACAACUGAAAUUUUCGAAGCAGACCAGGCAAUACCUAGCCGGCUAGAAAUCGGAGCAAACAAAGAAACGGGCACAAUACAGAAACUUCCACACAAGAUACUGACAAGCAUCUAAUUGCUAUAUAAAGUAGUCUCAUGUCCUAACCCUUUCCCCAAUUUCACAUCUACUAUUUUCUUUUUCAAUCAUGAUGCCUCUCCCUCUUUCCAGUUCAUGUCUUCAUAAAAUCUUAAUCUUUCUCUUCAUGAUACUUCUUCCCCUUGCAAAUUCAAUUUCUUUUAACUACAACAGUUUCUAUCCAAACAUAGGAGGUAUCUCCUUGGAAGGAGAUGCAUUCUCAUCAAGUGGAGUUCUCCACCUCACAAAGAAUGGCAAGGAUGAUAACCUCACUUAUAGUGUUGGUCGUGCCACCUACAUUCUGCCAGUGCACAUUUGGGAUGGCAAGACAGGAAACCUCACAGAUUUCACUUCCCAUUUCUCUUUUGAGGUGAAAUCAAUUGACCCAACAAAUUAUGGUGAUGGAUUAUCAUUUUUCCUGGCACCUGUUGGAUCUGAGAUCCCUGCUAAUUCAUCUGGUGGAUUACUUGGACUAUUUAGUCCUAACAGUAGUACUGGCUCCACAGAGAAUCAUAUUGUUGCAGUUGAGUUUGAUUCUUAUCCAAACUCAUGGGAUCCGCCCUAUAAUCAUAUAGGCAUUAAUAUUAAUUCCAUUGAAGCUGUGGCAUAUUGUACGUGGGUAGAUAUAUUUCCUACUGGAACUGUGGUAAAUGCAUGGGUUAGUUAUGACUCUACUUCCAGGACCCUGAGCGUCUUUGCCAAUUCAGAAGGGGAAAAUUUUAGCUUGUCGCAUCUUGUUGAUCUGAGGGAAGUUUUACCUGAAUGGGCUACAAUAGGUAUUUCGGCUGCCACUGGUGCCUCUAUUGAACUACAUGGCAUUCUUUCUUGGGAAUUUUAUUCAAGCUUGGAAAACUAG